AUGCCGCAUUUCUCUUCCACAACCCUUCAGCUGGCCUCCAUUUUGCCGAGUCACGUCAAAGAUGAGUACGCCAUCAGGCUCACGAACUCGGCACUUCAAGAGAAGCACCUCGACCCAAGAUGGCGAUACGAUGGGCAUGUUAUCGGCAACCAGAACUAUUUAGAGGUUGCCUUCGCCACAAAGCCACGUAGGCGGACGACUUGGCCCAGCGACUACUGGUUCAAGCCCAUCCACCCACUCCAAGACCCUCUUACGAUCUCUUCAGCAAUUCAUACUGACUUGGCUCGCCUAGCCGAAAGACACAACAUCGUUGCCAACGAGAUCCACAGCUUCAUGCGCUUCCCUCUCGUCAGAGCAGUCAUACGCACUUUUCUCAUUGAGCUUGAGAGACCCGAAGCUCAAUACGGCCCGCAGCCAGACGACGAAGACAUUGUGGGUCGACUCGAGGGGAUCUUGUUGAGCACGACGCUGUCGGACCGCCAAGCUCUGUUGACCCAAACCACCGCGGUUGGGCCAGGUUUUGCGGACAGAGCGCUGUUGUUGUGCUUGAUUAAGUUGUAUGCUCACUUUGAGUCUUGGAACAGCUGGAAGUUCGGGUCUAGCGGGAAUAGACCUACGCUGCGAAUCCUCGUUGCCGUCGUUGGCCUUUUCUGCAACGCCUGGGUUCACGCGCCCAUAAUCGACAUUACCUGGGGCCACCUUCGCAGGUCUCUGUCCCCGCCUUCUCUGUAUGGUCAUGUCAUCGACCACAGCGAGCCUUUACCUAGCACCAUUCUGACCCCUGAGAUAUGGAUGGAGUGGUCCCUCAUGUACGAUCCCUGGAUCAGACAAGCAGACUCAGUACAACUGACGAUGCCCGAAGACGUAAGGUUGUCCUCAAAGCUCCCUUUAGCGCCCCCAGUCUUUGUCGCGGAGGUCACCGAGCCAGAAGCCGACAAGGAGGGGCGUGUCACGGUGAAGUAUCUCAGUAAACCUGACGAGGAACGAUGGUCAUUUAAAAGCAUACUCGAUUCCAGGUGGGCGGGCAAGAAACCGAGGACGGGGCUACAAUAUCUGGUCGAAUGGGAAUACGCCGAGCCCUCGUGGCAACCGGCGAGAGAUUUGCAAGGCUGCGAGCCGUGGGUCUUGCAGUUCCACCGGUCGAGUCCGAAGAAGCCUGGGCCUGUGCCCAAGUUGAAGCGUUUUCUUUGA